AUGGCAAACACCACCACACAGAGUUUCAGUACAGUCAUAACAAUCCUACAAUGUGUCGGUCUCUACCACGACCCAAACCAACCCAAACUAGUAAAAAUCUGGAGCUACGUUUUAUACUUUUCGUCCUUAUCCGUCGCAAUCCUGGUUUUCAUUAAUCUCCUAGUUGACGAAAACAUGGACUCGAUGCAGUUCAUCCAAAUGGUCAUAGUCCUCACAGACGGCACCGCCGGCUGCAUGAAAAUCUUACCAUUUUUUCUGAAGGGCCACAAACUCAAAGAAUGCAUCGAGUUUUUCGGAAGCGAAAUUUUCGCCCCAGCGAACCAAGAAGAAAAGCGAAUUACCGACGAAUGCAUUCGUGUUUGCCAACGAAACGUCAAAAUAUACGCUUCUGUGUUGCUUCUCACAGAACUGUCCUGGAUAACACUACCACUUUUUGAAACAGAGCAAAGACUUCCACUGAGUGUGUGGCUUCCGUAUGAUGUAACAUCAGGAACCGCGAUUUUCUAUGGAACUUACUUCGGUGUAGUUACAGUGUGUUUGUAUUUCGGGAUUGCUGAAAUGUUGGAACCUUUGAUUGGAGGUCUGGUGUACCAUGCCACAGGUCGGCUCAAAAUUUUGAAACACAGUUUGCAAAAUCUCGCCAAAAAUUUAGACAGUUGUUCUGUGGUUGAAUUUAGGCAAGUUUUUGGAACUUUGAAAAAGUGUAUUGUGCACCACAACGACGUUUUGACGUUUAUUAGAGAGUUUGAAAAUUGCUUUUCUUGGUGUGUGUUUUGUCAAAUUGCUGCCACUGCAGUCGCACUAUGUUUUUGUAGCAUUGGGUUGACACUGGUUUCUUCUAUAGAUAUGGGGUUCGCUAUGUACACGUCAAGCUACUUCCUCAUAGCUUCACAAUUGUUGUUUUACUGUCACUAUGGAACUCUAUUAUACGAAGAAAAUAACGAUUUGAUGAAUGCCAUCUAUAUGGGACCUUGGUACAAAUAUGAUAUUAAAUUAAGAAAAAUGUUAAUAAUUAUUGUCGAACGUUCUAAAAUUCCGCUUAUUUUAACAGCAGGAAAAGUAAUAAACUUGACUUACGCAACUUUCACUUCUGUGCUUAAAACGAGCUACUCUUUAAUCGCUGUUUUGAAUAAUUACAGCUAA